UUUGGUACUUUAGCGGCAUUAAAAAAAUAUUCCACAGCAGACAUUUUCCUGGAUCUGGACGCUUACAUAAAAAAGACGCAUUCAUUUAUCAAUUAAAUUUCAACAGUGUUUGCAUCUAUCUUGGUCUAUAGUACGAGGAGUAGACGAUUGAUUUGUAUACUGGCCCCUAUCACUAUGGAUGACUUGUAAGAAACAUUAGAAAUUGGCUCCUCCUCCAUCUCUUUCCCCCAUCCCUCGGAAGCUUAUACGCUUCAAAAUACGGUCUAAAAACGUAGGCGCUUUUGGAAAGGAUUUGAAAAUUAAAAUAUGGCUCCGUGAUUUUCAACACAAAGACCACAGACCGUGCUAAGAGCACAAGAAGUAUUUAAAAUAGAUCACAUCCAGAAGUUGGAAGGCUACAAAGUACAAGUCGUCCAGGCCAGUCUGCAGGGACUGUUCAUGCUUCCGCCCUGCAAAAACCCGGCAGGCGAGACGGCGGGACGAAUUUCAGCUGCAGAAGAGGAAGAGCAUCACCUGCAGUUCGAGGCGUGGGAAACGCUGCCGGAGAGGGCUGGAAAGGGAGCAAGCCGGAGAGGUGCCCGCAGCGGGGCUCCGGGGCCGCUCAGGUGCUGAGCGCGAGGGGCGCCAGCACCCGGCGGAGCCCGGGAGACGGUGCAGGGUGCAGACGGCCGGCGCUUCACCUUAGGGACCGCAGCGACCGUGGGGAUCGCGGUAGCAGGGGAACACGCCACAGCCUCUAAGCUAGCUGCUGCUACUGUCCGGAAGGCGGACCCCGCCGGAGAACCCGGUCCGCGCCGGGGCCUGGGGGCGAGGCGGGGCGCUGACGUCACCUCCCCUCCCCCACCUCCUCCAACAGGGAGGGAGUGGGGAAAGAGGCAGUGAUCCGCCGCAGCUCCCGGCCGCAACUCCCAAACUCGGCGGCUCGCUGCCUGGGCAUGUCCUGACAAACUUGGCUUCUCUUCGACCCUCUCUCUAGCCAUCGCGCUCUCUCAUUUCGCCUCCUUUUGGUGCCCAAGUUUCACCCAGGACGGAAGCUUCUGGAGAUGCGGCCACCUGGGUCUGGGCAGCGCGGGCGCAUCGCACUCUGGUUGGGGACAUGCUGAAGAUCAGAGGGAGGCAAAGUUGGUACUUCAGACCCGGCUUUUAACACAUACCCAGCUCGCGAGGGAUUACGGAGCUGCCGAGGACUUUAAAGCGGAGCCCCGAGGACUCAGCUGGACUGGUUCCUGAGAGUUAAGCGAUGGGGAGACAUUUGCCCUUUCUUCUGCUUCUGCUCCUCCUCCUCCAACAUUUUGGAGACAGUGAUGCAAGCCAAACACUUGAGCAGACUCCCCUGCAGUUUACACAUUUCCAGUACAAUGUCACUGUGCACGAAAACUCUGCCGCUAAAACCUACGUUGGGCAUCCUGUAAAGAUGGGUAUUUACAUUACAAAUCCAGUGUGGGAAUUAAGGUACAAAAUUGUCUCAGGAGACAAUGAAAACCUAUUCAAAGCUGAAGAGUAUAUCCUUGGAGACUUCUGCUUUCUAAGAAUAAGGACCAAAGGAGGAAAUACAGCUAUUCUUAAUAGAGAAGUGAAAGACCAUUACACCUUGAUAGUCAAAGCAGUUGAAAAAAAUACGAACGCUGAAGCACGAACAGUGGUCAGGGUGCAGGUGCUGGAUACAAACGACUUGAGACCGUUGUUCUCACCCACCUCAUACAGUGUUUCUUUACCUGAAAACACAGCCAUAAGGACCAGUAUUGCAAGAGUCAGUGCCACAGAUGCAGACAUAGGAACCAAUGGAGAGUUUUACUACAGUUUUAAAGAUCGAACAGACAUGUUUGCUAUUCACCCAACCAGUGGGGCAGUAGUUUUAACGGGUAGACUUGAUUACGCAGAGACCAUGCUUUAUGAGAUGGAAAUUCUUGCUGUGGACCGGGGAAUGAAACUGUACGGUAGCAGUGGUAUCAGCAGCAUGGCCAAGCUAACCGUUCAUGUAGAACAAGCCAACGAAUGUGCUCCCGUGAUAACAGCAGUGACGUUAUCGCCGUCAGAACUGGACAAGGACCCAACGUACGCGAUCGUCACAGUGGAUGACUGUGAUCAGGGUGCCAAUGGGGACAUAGCUUCUUUAAGCAUUGUGGCAGGUGACCUCCUUCAACAGUUUAGAACAGUGAGGUCCUCUCCGGGGAGUAAAGAAUAUAAAAUCAAAGCAGUUGGUGGCAUUGAUUGGGACAGUCAUCCUUUUGGCUACAAUCUGACGCUCCAGGCUAAAGAUAAGGGAACUCCUCCCCAGUUCUCUUCUGUAAAAGUAAUUCAUGUGACUUCCCCACAGUUCAAAGCUGGGCCAGUCAGGUUUGAAAAGGACGUGUACAGAGCAGAAAUAAGCGAAUUUGCUCCUUCCAACACACCUGUGGUCAUGGUGAAAGCUACGCCUUGUUAUUCUCACCUGAGGUAUGUUUUCAAAAGUACACCUGGAAAAGCUAAAUUCAGUUUGAAUCACAACACUGGUCUCAUUUCCAUUUUAGAACCAAUUAAGAGACAGCAGGCAGCCCAUUUUGAACUUGAAGUCACAACAAGCGACAGAAAAGCCUCUACUAGAGUCUUGGUUAAAGUCGUGAGUGCUAACACCAAUCCCCCUGAAUUUACCCAGACGGCGUACAAAGCAUCUUUUGAUGAGAAUGUGCCCGUUGGUACUACUGUCAUGAGCGUGAGUGCUGUGGACCCUGACGAGGGUGAGAAUGGCUACGUGACCUAUAGUAUUGCAAAUCUAAACCAUGUGCCGUUCGUGAUCAACCAUUUCACUGGUGCAGUGAGUACUUCAGAAAACUUGGACUAUGAGCUCAUGCCCCGGGUUUAUACUCUGAGGAUUCGAGCGUCAGACUGGGGCUUGCCAUACCGCCGGGAAGUUGAAGUGCUCGCCACACUUACUCUCAAUAACUUGAAUGACAACACACCCUUGUUUGAGAAAAUCAAUUGUGAAGGGACCAUUCCCAGGGAUCUUGGUGUGGGAGAGCAAAUAACUACUGUGUCUGCGAUCGAUGCUGACGAACUUCAGUUGGUCCGCUAUCAGAUUGAAGCUGGCAAUGAACUAGAUUUGUUUAGCUUACACCCCAACUCUGGGGUAUUGUCAUUAAAGCAGCCGCUAAUGGAUGGCUUAGGUGCAAAGGUGUCAUUUCACAGUCUGAGAAUUACAGCUACCGAUGGAGAAAAUUUUGCCACACCAUUAUACAUCAACAUAACCGUGGCUGCCAGUCGCAAGCCGGUAAACUUGCAGUGCGAAGAGACUGGCGUUGCCAAAAUGCUGGCCGAGAAACUCCUGCAGGCAAAUAAAUUACAUAGUCAGGGAGAGGUCGAGGAUAUUUUCUUUGAUUCUCAUUCUGUCAAUGCUCAUGCCCCACAAUUUAGAAAUACUCUUCCCACUGGGAUCGAGGUAAAGGAAAACCAUCCUGUGGGUUCCAACAUAAUUUCCAUGAAUGCUACUGACCUUGACACUGGUUUCAAUGGAAAACUGGUCUAUGCAAUUUCUGGAGGAAAUGAGGAUAGUUGCUUCAUUAUUGACAUGGAAACUGGAAUGUUAAAAAUCUUAUCUCCACUUGACCGUGAAACAACGGACAAAUAUACCCUGAAUAUUUCAGUCUCGGACCUUGGCAUACCACAGAAGGCCGCUUGGCAUCUUCUAGAUAUCAGAGUUUUGGAUGCCAAUGAUAAUCCACCUGAGUUUUUACAGGAGCGCUAUUUUGUUGAAGUGAGUGAAGACAAAGAGAUCAAUAGUGAAAUCAUCCAGGUCGAAGCCACAGAUAAAGAUCUAGGGCCAAACGGACGUGUGACAUACUCCAUUCUUACAGACACAGAUAAAUUUUCAAUUGACAGCAUGACCGGUGUUGUUAAAAUUGUGGAUCCUCUGGAUCGUGAGCUACAGCAUGUGCAUUACUUAAAGAUUGAAGCCAGGGAUCAGGCCAGCGAAGAACCUCAGUUGCUUUCCACUGUACUUCUGAAAGUAUCAUUAGAGGAUGUUAAUGACAACCCACCCAAGUUCAUUCCACCUAAUUAUCGUGUGAAAGUUCGGGAGGACCUUCCAGAAGGAACCAUAAUCAUGUGGUUAGAGGCCUAUGAUCCUGAUUUAGGUCAGUCUAGUCAAGUGAGAUAUAGUCUUCUGGACCACGGAGAAGGAAACUUUGAUGUGGAUAAGCUCAGCGGAGCGGUUAGAAUUGUGCAGCAGUUGGACUUUGAGAAGAAGCAAGUAUAUAAUCUCACCGUGAGGGCCAAGGACAAGGGGAAGCCGAUUUCUCUGUCUUCCACCUGUUAUGUUGAGGUUGAGGUCAUUGAUGUGAAUGAGAACUUACACCCGCCGGUGUUUUCCAGCUUUGUGGAAAAGGGUGUAGUGAAGGAAGACGUCCCUAUUGGUUCAUCAGUAAUGGCAGUAUCAGCUCAUGAUGAGGACACAGGAAGAGACGGGGAGAUCCGCUAUUCCAUUAGAGAUGGUUCUGGUGUUGGUGUUUUCAAAAUAGAUGAAGAAACAGGGGUCAUAGAGACUUCAGAUAGACUGGACCGGGAGUCUACCUCCCAUUACUGGCUAACAGUUUAUGCAACUGAUCAGGGUGUGGUACCACUUUCAUCAUUUAUUGAGGUCUACAUCGAGGUUGAAGAUGUCAACGACAACGCACCCCAGACCUCAGAGCCUGUUUAUUAUCCAGAAGUAAUGGAAAAUUCUCCCAAGGAUGUGUCUGUGGUCCAAAUUCAGGCGUUUGACCCAGAUUCCAGCUCUAAUGACAAGCUGACGUACAAAAUUACAAGUGGAAAUCCACAAGGGUUCUUUGCAAUACAUCCUAAAACAGGUCUCAUCACAACCACAUCCCGGAAACUCGACCGAGAGCAGCAAGAUGAACACAUAUUAGAAGUAACUGUAACAGACAAUGGUAGUCCUCCCAAAUCAACCAUUGCAAGAGUAAUUGUGAAAAUCCUGGAUGAAAAUGACAACAAACCUCAGUUCCUGCAAAAGUUCUACAAAAUCAGACUCCCAGAGCGGGAAAAACCAGAACGAGAAAGAAACGCCAGGCGCGAGCCACUCUACCGUGUUAUCGCCACAGACAAAGAUGAAGGUCCCAAUGCAGAAAUCUCCUAUAGCAUCGAAGAUGGAAAUGAGCAUGGCAAAUUUUUUAUUGAGCCCAAAACUGGAGUGGUUUCCUCCAAGAAGUUUUCUGGAGCUGGAGAAUAUGAUAUUCUUUCGAUUAAAGCAGUUGAUAAUGGUCGCCCCCAAAAGUCAUCAACCACUCGACUCCAUAUUGAGUGGAUCUCCAAACCCACACCAUCCCUGGAGCCAAUUUCGUUUGAAGAAUCGUUUUUCACCUUUACUGUCAUGGAGAGCGAUCCAGUUGCUCACAUGAUUGGUGUCCUGUCUGUCGAGCCUCCUGGCAUACCUCUUUGGUUUGACAUCAUUGGAGACACACUUGCUAGAGAAGUGUUUUACAUCUUUCAGAUGACUUGUGACCUGAACUGUACAGCAGAAGGUGGCAACUAUGAGAGUCACUUUGAUGUGGACAAGGGCACCGGAACCAUCAUUGUUGCCAAACCUCUUGAUGCAGAACAGAAAUCAAACUACAACCUCACAGUCGAGGCUACAGAUGGAACCACCACUAUUCUCACUCAGGUCUUCAUCAAAGUAAUAGACACAAAUGACCAUCGCCCUCAAUUUUCUACUUCAAAAUAUGAAGUUGUUAUUCCUGAAGACACAGUGCCAGAAACGGAAAUUUUACAAAUCAGUGCUCUGGAUAAGGAUGAGAAAAACAAACUGAUCUACACUCUGCAGAGUAGUAUCGAUCCGUUGAGUCUCAAGAAAUUUCGUCUUGAUCCUGCGACUGGCUCGCUCUAUACUUCUGAAAAACUUGACCAUGAAGCCAUUCACCAGCACGUUCUUACAGUCAUGGUACGAGAUCAAGAUGUCCCUGUAAAGCGCAACUUUGCAAGGAUCGUUGUCAAUGUCAGUGACACGAACGAUCACGCCCCGUGGUUCACGAGUUCCUCCUACGAAGGGCGGGUUUAUGAGUCAGCAGCUGUCGGCUCAGUCGUGUUGCAGGUUACAGCUCUGGACAAGGACAAAGGGAAAAAUGCUGAAGUAUUGUACUCCAUCGAAUCAGGAAAUAUUGGACAUUCUUUUACAAUAGAUCCCAUCUUGGGUUCUAUAAAAACUGCCAAAGAAUUAGAUCGAAGUAACCAAGUGGAAUAUGAUUUAAUGGUCAAAGCUACAGAUAAAGGCAGCCCACCAAUGAGUGAAAUAACUUCUGUGCAUAUCUUUGUCACCAUUGCUGACAAUGCCUCUCCGAAGUUUACAUCAAAAGAAUAUUCUGUUGAAAUUAGUGAAACUAUCAGCGUUGGCAGUUUUGUUGGAAUGGUUACAGCCCAUAGCCAAUCAUCAGUGAUAUAUGAAAUAAAAGAUGGAAAUAUAGCUGAUGCUUUUGAUAUUAAUCCACAUUCUGGAAGUAUCAUCACUCAGAAAGCCCUGGAUUUUGAAACUUUGCCCAUUUAUACACUGAUAAUACAAGGAACUAACAUGGCUGGUUUGUCCACUAAUACGACUGUUCUGGUGCAUCUACAGGAUGAAAAUGACAACUCGCCAGUUUUUAUGCAGGCAGAAUAUACAGGACUCAUUAGCGAAUCAGCUUCAAUUAACAGUGUGGUCCUAACAGCCGAGAAUGUCCCAUUAGUGAUUCGAGCGGUUGAUGGUGAUAAAGAAUCAAAUGCCUUGCUUGUUUAUCACAUUGUUGAACCAUCUAUACACAAAUAUUUUGCUAUUGAUUCCAGCACUGGUGCUAUUCAUACAGUGCUAAGUUUGGACUAUGAAGAAACCAGUACUUUUCACUUUACCGUUCAAGUGCAUGACAUGGGAACACCACGUUUAUUUGCUGAAUAUGCAGCUAAUGUGACUAUACAUGUAAUUGACAUUAAUGACUGCCCUCCUGUGUUCUCCAAGUCAUUAUAUGAAGCAUCUCUUUUGUUGCCAACUUACAAAGGAGUAAAAGUCAUCACCGUAAAUGCCACAGAUGCUGAUUCAAGCGCAUUCUCACAGUUAAUGUACUCCAUCACCGAAGGCAACAUCGGGGAGAAAUUUUCUGUGGAUUACAGGACUGGUACCAUAACUGUGCAAAACACAACUCAGUUAAGGAGCCGCUAUGAGUUAACCAUGCGAGCUUCUGACGGCAGAUUUGCAAGCUUUACCUCUGUGAAAAUUAACGUGAAAGAAAGCAAAGAAAGCCAACUAAAGUUUACCCAAGAUUUCUACUCUGCAGUAGUGAAGGAGAAUUCCACCGAAGCCAGAACAUUAGCUGUCAUUACUGCUAUUGGGAAUCCAAUCAAUGAGCCUUUGUUUUAUCAAAUCCUCAACCCAGAUCGCAGAUUUAAGAUAAGCCGCACCUCAGGAGUGGUGUCCACCACUGGCGUACCAUUUGAUCGGGAACAGCAGGAGGCGUUUGAUGUGGUGGUGGAAGUGACACAGGAACGGAAGCCUUCAGCAGUGGCCCAUGUCGUUGUGAAGGUCAUCAUAGAAGACCAGAACGAUAACGCGCCGGUGUUCGUCAACCUUCCCUACUAUGCUGUUGUUAAAGUGGACACCGUGGUGGGCCAUGUUAUUCGCUAUGUCACUGCCGUGGACAGAGACAGCGGCAGGAACGGGGAAGUGCAUUAUUACCUUAAGGAACAUCACGAACACUUUCAAAUUGGAUCCUCAGGUGAAAUUUCACUCAAAAAGCAAUUUGAACCUGACACCUUAAACAAAGAAUAUCUCGUCACAGUGGUCGCCAAAGAUGGAGGAAACCCAGCUUUUUCAGCUGAAGUGAUCGUUCCAAUCACAGUUAUGAAUAAAGCCAUGCCUGUGUUUGAAAAGCCUUUCUAUAGUGCAGAGAUUCCAGAGAAUAUCCAGAUCCACAGUCCCGUGGUCCACAUACAAGCCAACAGUCCAGAAGGGUUGAAAGUGUUCUAUAGCAUCACAGAUGGGGAUCCUUUUAGCCAGUUUACUAUUAACUUCAACACUGGAGUGAUAAAUGUCAUAGCUCCUCUGGACUUUGAGUCCCACCCAGCAUAUAAACUGAGCAUACGAGCAACUGACUCCUUGACUGGGGCUCAUGCUGAAGUGUUUGUUGACAUAAUAGUAGAAGAUAUCAAUGAUAACCCUCCUGUGUUUGUUCAACAGUCUUAUGCUGCAACCCUCUCUGAGGCUUCUGUAAUUGGAACAUCUGUCGUUCAAGUUAAAGCAACAGAUUCUGAUUCAGAGCCAAAUAGAGGAAUUUCAUACCAUAUGUUUGGGAAUCAUAGCAAGAGUCAUGAUCAUUUUCAUAUAGAUAGCAGCACUGGUCUCAUUUCACUAGUCAGAACUUUGGAUUAUGAGCAGUUCCAGCAGCACAAGAUUUUUGUAAGGGCUGUUGAUAGUGGCAUGCCCCCACUGAGCAGUGAUGUGAUUGUCACAGUGGAUGUCACUGACCUCAAUGAUAAUCCACCGCUAUUUGACCAACAGAUUUAUGAAGCCAAAAUUAGCGAGCAUGCGACUCAUGGGCAUUUUGUGACCUGUGUAAAAGCCUAUGAUGCGGACAGUUCAGACAUAGACAAAUUGGAAUAUUCCAUUCUGUCUGGCAACGAUCAUAAGAAUUUUGUCAUUGACAGUGAAACAGGGAUUAUCACACUCUCAAACCUGCGCCGCCACACCUUGAAGCCAUUUUACAGUCUUAACACUUCUGUUUCUGAUGGAGUUUUUAGAAGUUCAGCUCAGGUUCAUGUAACUGUAAUUGGAGGCAAUUUGCACAGUCCUGUUUUUCUUCAGAAUGAAUAUGAAGUGGAGCUAGCUGAAAAUGCUCCCGUACACACCCUGGUGAUUGAGGUUAAAGCAACUGAUGGGGAUUCUGGUAUUUACGGUGACAUUACUUACCAUAUUGUAAAUGACUUUGCCAAAGACAGAUUUUACACAAAUGAGAGAGGUCAGAUAUUUACUUUGGAAAAACUUGAUCGAGAAACCCCAGCAGAGAAAGUAAUCUCAGUUCGCUUAAUGGCUAAGGAUGCUGGAGGAAAAGUUGCUUUCUGCACCAUUAAUGUCAUCCUUACAGAUGACAAUGAUAAUGCACCACAAUUUCGAGCAACCAAGUAUGAAGUGAACAUUGGAUCCAGUGCUCCCAAAGGGACAUCAGUCAUUAAAGUUCUUGCCAGUGAUGCUGAUGAGGGAUCCAAUGCUGAUGUCACCUACGCCAUUGAAGCAGAUUCUGAAAGUGUUAAAGAGAAUUUGGAAAUUAACAAACUGUCUGGCAUCAUUACUACAAAGGAAAGCUUAAUUGGCUUAGAAAAUGAGUUCUUCACUUUCUUUGUCAGAGCUGUGGAUAAUGGGUCUCCACCCAAAGAGUCUGUUGUUCCUGUCUAUGUUAAAAUACUUCCACCGGAAAUGCAGCUUCCAAAAUUUACAGAGCCAUUUUAUACCUAUACAGUUCCAGAAGACAUGCCUAUUGGAACGGAGAUAGAUCUCAUCCGAGCAGAACAUCGUGGCACUGUUCUUUACAGCCUAAUCAAAGGGAAUACUCCCGAAAGUAACAGGGAUGAGUUCUUUGUGAUCGACAGACAGAGUGGGAGACUGAAACUGGAGAAGAGUCUUGAUCAUGAGACCACCAAGUGGUAUCAGUUUUCCAUCCUUGCCAGGUGCACUCACGAUGACUCUGAGGUGGUGGCCUCUGUGGAUGUCAGUAUCCAAGUGAAAGAUGCAAAUGAUAACAGCCCUGUCGUGGAGUCUAAUCCAUAUGAGGCAUUUAUUGUUGAAAACCUGCCAGGGGGUAGUAGGGUCAUCCAGAUCAGGGCAUCCGAUCUGGAUUCAGGAACCAAUGGCCAAGUUAUGUAUAGUCUAGAUCAGUCACAAAGUGUGGAAGUCCUGGAAUCUUUUGCCAUUAACAUGGAAACAGGCUGGAUUACAACCCUAAAGGAGCUGGACCAUGAAAAGAGAGACAAUUACCAGAUUAAAGUGGUCGCAUCAGAUCAUGGGGAAAAGGUUCAGCUGUCCUCCACAGCCAUUGUGGAUGUCACUGUCACCGAUGUCAAUGAUAGUCCCCCACGGUUCACGGCAGAGAUUUAUAAAGGGACAGUGAGUGAAGAUGACCCACCAGGUGGGGUUAUUGCCAUCUUAAGUACCACGGAUGCUGAUUCUGAGGAGAUUAACAGACAAGUGACAUAUUACAUAACAGGAGGGGAUCCCUUGGGGCAGUUCGCUAUUGAAAAUAUACAGAGUGAAUGGAAGGUCUAUGUUAAGAAACCUCUAGACAGGGAAAAGAGGGACAAUUAUCUUCUGACUAUCACAGCAACUGAUGGGACCUUCUCAUCAAAAGCUAUAGUUGAAGUGAAAGUUCUUGAUGCAAAUGACAACAGUCCCAUUUGUGAGAAGACCUUAUAUUCAGACACGAUUCCAGAAGACGCUUUUCCUGGGAAAUUGAUCCUGCAGGUCUCUGCUACAGACGCAGACAUCCGUUCCAACGCUGAAAUUACAUACACGUUAUUUGGUCCAGGUGCAGAAAAAUUCAAACUAAAUCCAGACACAGGUGAGCUGAAAACAUUAGUCCCUCUUGAUCGCGAGGAGCAAGCAGUUUAUAAUCUUCUAGUCAAGGCCACAGAUGGCGGGGGAAGAUUCUGUCAAGCUCAUAUUGUGCUCACAUUAGAAGAUGUGAAUGAUAACGCCCCUGAAUUCUCUGCUGAUCCCUACACCAUUACCGUGUUUGAAAACACGGAGCCUGGGACGCUGUUGACAAGGGUGCAGGCCACUGACGCUGACGCAGGAUUGAAUCGGAAGAUAAGCUACUCUCUGAUUAACUCUGCUGAUGGGCAGUUCUCCAUUAAUGAAUUAUCUGGAAUCAUUCAGCUAGAAAAGCCUUUGGAUAGAGAGGUCCAGGCGGUCUACACCCUUACUUUGAAAGCCGUGGACCACGGUUUGCCAAGGAGGUUGACAGCCGUUGGCACUGUUGUUGUAUCAGUUCUGGAUAUAAAUGACAACCCACCCGUGUUUGAGUACCGUGAAUAUGGUGCCACAGUGUCCGAGGACAUUCUCAUUGGAACAGAAGUUCUUCAGGUGUAUGCGGCAAGCCGGGAUAUUGAAGCAAAUGCAGAAAUCACCUACUCAAUAAUAAGUGGAAAUGAACAUGGAAAAUUCAGCAUAGAUUCUAAAACAGGGGCCAUAUUUAUCAUUGAGAAUCUGGAUUAUGAAAGCUCUCAUGAAUAUUACCUGACUGUCGAAGCCACUGAUGGAGGCACACCUUCAUUAAGUGAUGUUGCCACCGUAAAUGUGAAUGUAACCGACAUCAACGAUAACACCCCAGUCUUCAGCCAAGACACCUACACGGCAGUGAUCAGUGAGGAUGCUGUUCUUGAGCAGUCCGUCAUUACGGUUAUGGCUGACGAUGCCGACGGACCUUCCAACAGCCACAUCCACUAUUCAAUUAUAGAUGGCAAUCAAGGAGGUCCCUUUACCAUUGACCCUGCCAGGGGAGAAGUGAAGGUCACCAAACUUCUAGACCGGGAAACCAUUUCAGGUUACACGCUCACAGUUCAGGCAUCUGAUAAUGGCAGUCCACCCAGAGUCAACACAACGACUGUGAACAUCGAUGUGUCUGAUGUCAACGACAAUGCACCAGUCUUCUCCAAGGGAAACUACAGCAUAAUUAUCCAGGAAAAUAAGCCUGUGGGUUUCAGUGUACUCCAGCUGGUAGUCACAGACAAGGAUUCUUCUCAUAAUGGUCCACCCUUCUUCUUUACCAUUGUCAGUGGAAAUGAGGAUGGCGCAUUUGACGUUAACCAGCAAGGAGUCCUCCUGACUUCAACUGCCAUAAGGAGGAACGUGAAAGAUCAUUACUUACUGCAUGUUAAGGUGGCAGAUAAUGGGAAGCCUCAGUUGUCCUCUUUGACAUAUAUUGACAUUAGGGUGAUUGAAGAGAGCAUCUAUCCUCCUGCAAUUUUGCCGCUGGAGAUUUUCAUCACUGCUUUUGGCGAGGAGUACUCCGGAGGAGUCAUUGGGAAGAUUCAUGCAACAGACCAAGAUGUGUAUGACACAUUAACCUACAGUCUUGAUCCCCAAAUGGACAACCUCUUCUCUGUUUCCAGCACAGGGGGUAAGCUGAUAGCUCACAAAAAACUAGAUAUAGGGCAGUACCUUCUCAAUGUCAGUGUAACAGAUGGGAAAUUUACAACAACGGCUGACAUCACGGUGCACAUCAGACAAGUAACGCAAGAGAUGUUGAACCACACCGUCGCCCUCCGCUUUGCCAACCUCACUCCAGAAGAAUUUGUUGGUGACUACUGGCGCAACUUCCAGCGAGCUUUACGGAACAUCUUGGGUGUGAGGAAGAACGACAUCCAGAUUAUUAGUUUGCAGCCCUCUGAACCUCACCCACAUCUGGAUGUCUUACUUUUUGUAGAGAAGUCAGGUAGCGCCCAGGGUUCCACAAAGCAGCUUCUGCACAAGAUUAAUUCUUCCGUGACUGAUAUCGAGGAAAUCAUUGGUGUUAGGAUACUGGAUGUAUUUCAGAAGCUCUGUGCAGGGCUGGAUUGCCCGUGGAAGUUCUGUGAUGAAAAGUUGUCUGUGGAUGAAAAUGUCAUGUCAACGCAUAGCACGGCCAGACUGAGCUUUGUGACCCCCCGCCACCGUAGAACAGCCGUGUGUCUCUGCAAAGAGGGAAGAUGCCCAUUUGUCCAUCAUGAAUGUGAAGACACUCCGUGCCCUGAGGGCUCUGAAUGUGUCACUGAUCCCAGAGAGGAGAAAUAUACCUGUGUCUGCCCAGGUGGCAAGUUUGGCCAGUGCCCAGGGAGUUCAUCUGUAACAUUUACUGGAAACAGCUUUGUGAAAUAUCGUCUCAUGGAAAAUGAAAACAAAUUAGAGAUGAAACUGACCAUGAGACUCAGAACCUACUCUGCUCAUGCAGUUGUGAUGUAUGCUCGAGGAACUGACUACAGCAUCUUGGAGAUUCAUAAUGGAAGACUCCAGUACAAGUUUGACUGUGGAAGUGGCCCCGGAAUUGUCUCUGUUCAAAGCAUUCAAGUCAAUGACGGGCUCUGGCAUGCAGUGUCUCUGGAAGUGAAUGGAAACUAUGCCAGAUUGGUUCUAGACCAGGUCCACACUGCAUCAGGCACAGCCCCGGGGACUCUGAAGACCCUGAACCUGGAUAACCACGUGUUUUUUGGUGGCCACGUUCGUCAGCAAGGCACAAGGCAUGGAAGAAGCCCACAAGUUGGCAAUGGUUUCAGGGGUUGUAUGGACUCCAUUUAUUUAAAUGGACAGGAGCUCCCUUUGAAUAACAAACCAAGAAGCUAUGCACACAUUGAAGAAUCGGUGGAUGUGUCCCCUGGGUGCCUGUUAACGGCUACAGAAGACUGCUCAAGCAACCCUUGCCAGAACGGAGGCGUUUGUAGUCCGUCACCUACUGGAGGUUAUUACUGCAAGUGCAGCGCCCUGUACAUAGGGACGUAUUGUGAGGUGAGCGUCAAUCCCUGUUCCUCCAACCCGUGCCUCUAUGGUGGCACGUGCAUCGUGGACAACGGGGACUUUGUGUGCCAGUGUCGAGGAUUGUAUACCGGUCAGAGGUGCCAGCUUAGUCCCUACUGCAAAGAUGAACCCUGUAAAAAUGGCGGGACGUGCUUUGACAGCUUGGACGGUGCCGUCUGUCAGUGUGAUGCCGGGUUUAGGGGAGACAGGUGUCAGAGUGACAUUGACGAGUGUGCUGGAAACCCCUGCCGGAACGGGGCCCUUUGUGAGAAUACACAUGGCUCCUACCACUGUAACUGCAGCCUCGAGUACAGAGGAAAACACUGUGAGGACGCCACUCCCAAUCAAUACGUGUCGACCCCGUGGAAUAUCGGGUUGGCGGAAGGCAUAGGAAUUAUUGUUUUUAUAACAGGGAUAUUUUUACUGGUGGUGGUGUUCGUCCUCUGCCGUAAGAUGAUCAGUCGAAAGAAGAAACACCAGGCGGAACCAGAAGACAAACAUUUGGGACCAACCGCCGCUUUCUUGCAAAGACCAUAUUUUGAUUCAAAGCUCAAUAAGAACAUUUACUCAGACAUACCACCCCAGGUGCCUGUCCGGCCUAUUUCCUACACUCCCAGCAUUCCGAGCGACUCUCGAAACAAUCUUGACCGAAAUUCCUUUGAAGGGUCUGCUAUACCAGAGCAUCCCGAAUUCAGCACCUUUAACCCCGAGUCCGUGCACGGCCACCGCAAGGCAGUGGCUGUCUGCAGUGUGGCCCCGAACUUGCCUCCCCCGCCUCCCUCCAACUCUCCUUCCGACAGCGACUCCAUCCAGAAGCCUAACUGGGACUUCGACUAUGACACGAAAGUAGUCGACCUUGAUCCCUGCCUCUCCAAGAAACCCCUAGAAGAGAAGCCUUCCCACCCGUACAGUGCCCGGGAAAGCCUGUCGGAAGUGCAGUCGCUCAGCUCCUUUCAGUCCGAAUCGUGCGAUGACAAUGAGUCUUUGGCUGCUCCUGACCUCAGCAAAUCCAGAGGGUACCACUGGGAUACAUCGGACUGGAUGCCAAGUGUUCCUCUGCCGGAUAUACAGGAAUUCCCCAAUUACGAGGUGAUUGACGAACAGACACCGCUGUACUCAGCAGAUCCAAAUGCCAUCGAUACAGACUAUUACCCUGGAGGCUACGACAUCGAAAGCGAUUUCCCACCACCCCCAGAAGACUUCCCCGCCCCUGACGAACUCCCACCCUUACCUCCGGAAUUCAGUGAUCAGUUCGAAUCCAUACACCCUCCCAGAGACAUGCCUGCUGCAGGUAGUUUGGGUUCUUCCUCGAGAAACCGGCAGAGGUUCCACUUGAAUCAGUACCUGCCCAACUUCUAUCCCGGCGACAUGUCUGAACCUCACAAAGCAGGCGCCAGCGAGACUGGUCCUUGUAGAGAACCCUAUGCCCCUUACCCUCCAGGGUAUCAAAGAAACUUUGACGCCCCCACUGUAGAAAACAUGCCCAUGUCUGUGUACGCCUCCACAGCUUCCUGCUCUGAUGUGUCAGCCUGCUGUGAAGUGGAGUCUGAGGUCAUGAUGAGUGACUAUGAAAGUGGAGACGAUGGCCACUUUGAAGAGGUGACAAUUCCUCCGCUAGAUUCGCAACAACACACGCAAGUCUGACGCUCAGACUCCCCCCAAAGUGCCUGGACUUUAAUGAACUUAGAGAUUCUAUAAAUGACCUUCUGCAUUGUUCUCUGCAGCCGAGCUUAAGCGCUUCUUUUCGGUGAGCUAAAAUGGGCAUGGCUGCACUGAAUCUCGCGCUUUCUGACAUGUUAGCCAUUUCCAAUGUCCUAACCUACUGUACUUGGAUGAGACUGACGUUGGCUGUGCCAUUUCUGAACAUCUUUUUGUAUUGCCAUUUGUCUGUGUUAAAAUAAUGCAACGAAAAUCAGUCCUACCAUCUUGUUAUAUAGAUUUGAUUAUUUUCAUUUUCCUGUCUUUUUCCCUUUUUUUUUGUAAAUUUUAUGUACAGAUUUGAUUUUCAUAGCUUUAACUAGAUUUUCAAGAUAUUUCGUGCAUUUGUUCAUGACCGAAUUUUAGUGGUGUUGGUGUCACUAGCUAGCACCCUGAUUUUUUUUAAUAUAACCAGGGUUUCACUCUCUGUUCUUUUCCACUGAAGUAUGACAUUUCAUUAAUACAUUUCAAUAUAGUCAUUUGUUUGAGCUGUACAUAGGAUGCGGAACAAUCUGAUACAUGGACAUGUCUUAAAUGGGUUGCUGUAUUUUAGAAUUAUAAACAUUUUUCAUUAUUGGAAAGUGUAAUGGGGACCUUCUGCAUACCUGUUUAGAACCAAACACCACGACACAGUUUUUAUAGUGUCUGUAUAUUUGUGAUGCAAUGGUCUUGUAAAGGUUUUUACUGAAAACUACCAUUAGCCAGUCUUUCUUACUGACAAUAAAUUAUUAAUAAAAUACUUCA